UGUGACUGGGACUGGCAGUUGCACCCGGAAGUGUGUAACCUUGUUGCGUGGGGACUGGGGAGAGGGGAUGGCGGCUGUAGCCGUGGGUCCCCGGGUGCCCCCUCCCGCUGAUGGGCCGGGAAUGGGACCGGCGGAGGGGGCGGACGCUCUCUUCGUGACGUUAAGUGCCGGUUUCACGGCACUGAGCCAUCCGCUACUCUAUGUGAAGCUCCUGAUGCAGGUCGGACAUGAACCUUUACCUCCAACCAUUGGAAGAAACUUGUUGGGGAGAAAAGUACUUUAUCUACCUGGCUUUUUUACAUAUGCCAGACACAUCGUGGAAGUGGAUGGGAAAAAAGGCCUUUUUCGUGGCCUCACUCCUCGAAUCAUCUCUAGUACAUUAUCCACUAUAACCCGUGGACGAGUAAAGAAGGCCUUUCCUUUGGAGGAUAUGGAGCAUGUUUCUAAUAAGGAUGAUGUGAAAACUUCCCUCACGAAAGUUGUGAAAGAGACCUCCCAUGAGAUGUUGAUGCAGUGUGUUGCUCGGGUUAUCUCUCAUCCAUUUCAUGUAAUCUCUAUGCGUUGUAUGGUCCAAUUUGUAGGACGGGAAGUUAAAUAUAGGGGUGUGUUUAGCUCCAUUGGUACAAUUUUGAAAGAAGAAGGAUUCUUUGGAUUCUUUGUUCUUUAUUUUUGCUUUUCCAGAGGUUUACUUCCUCAUAUCCUAGGUGAUGUUGUUUUUCUAUGGUGCUGCAACCUUCUGUCUCAUUUCAUCAACACCUACGUAGUGGAUGACAAUUUCAGCCAGGCUUCUGUGAUCCGGAGUUACACCAAGUUUGUGAUGGGGAUUGCUGUGAGCAUGCUGACAUACCCUUUUCUUCUUGUGGGUGAUCUCAUGGCAGUAAACAACUGUGGGUUACUUGCUGGCCUCCCUCCAUAUGCCCCCAUGUUUUCCUCUUGGAUACAUUGCUGGAAACACCUCAGUGCUCAGGGCCAGCUCUUCAGAGGCUCCAGCCUGCUUUUUCGUAGAGCACCCACACCAGCAGCUCUCCUUUUUGAUUGACCUCAUCUGGGAGAAAGAGGCACACUGAGACUCUUGUAGAAGAGCCCUUCAGAGUCUGCUUUGACAUUUGUUUUAAAUUUUGAAGUCAAAGGUGAAAGAACAGUAGCAUCUUCUCCCCAGUGGGCUGGCUGUACCGGUUUCCUGAGUGCACCAAGGUGACUUGACAUGCCAGGUGGUCUUCCCAGUCAGAUAGGGCAGCAGGGCAGAACCUUUCCCCCCCUUGCCAGUCCAGCAUACUUUUUUGAAAAAAGGAUGGCAAAGGGUUAUGGCUUCUGCAGGUUUGGCAUACACAUGACUCUUAAGUUGUUUACAUCUUUCUUUCUCUCUGAGCUGCUUAAACCAGAUGAGCAGAGUCGGCCACAGUCUCUCCUUGGUGCCGUCAUUCGACAGACAGACAGGAGAAGCUAAGUGCAAUUUUGGCCUCUUCCUUGUUGGGUAGCCUAUACACUAAAAAAUACUUGCCCUGUUUGUCUUUCUUUCAGACUUAGCUUUCUGUGGUCUUGCUGAGUCCUAAGUAACAGUCAUGUCAGAUUCCUAAGAUUGUCAUAUAUAAACCUGAAUCUUGGUUUAUCAUAACCUCUCCAGGCAAUCUGUCUUCUACCACCUGGAUUUUUCUUGGGAGAUGUUCUUUAAAUCCACUUGAUACAUUAACUAAGUGAUUUUGAACACUAAGUGAAAUAUUGAACACUAAUUGGAGGUGGGGGUGAUGUGUUUCCUAAGAUGACAUAAGGAGUAUCUUAAGAGUAUCACUGAGUAGCUAAUUUAACUCCAUUCUGGCAGUUUUGCUGUAGGAUACCAUGUGGCCACUGCUGCAGGGGGAAUUGCCUUUCUGGUGAAGCAACUACUUUAUCAUUAACUUUAUCCAUCUAUUAAACCAGGGAUUCUUAAUUAUUUUGUAUCCACAAACUUCCCAGAUCCUUAAGUAUUAUCCAUGGUCACUUCCAACCCCAGUUAUAUAAUAUUUUAAUAAGAUAUUUUCCCCCAUUGGGUGGGGGGCGGGGGCGCUCAGAUUAGUAAUUUUCAAGAACUUUAUUUUGGCUCACCAGGAAGAAAACUAAAUUCAGCAUCACAAAGAUUUUCCAUGGACCCCAGGCUAAAAACCUGUAUACUAACCCCAUAUUCUCACCACACCUAUUUAAUCAUGUGAAUUGAUCCCAAACUGGGCCAUAGAAGGACCAAACGCAUUAUGAUGAUAGAUGCGAUUUUCCAGAUAGCUUCAGCUCUGUUUCUUUAUACAGCUGCAUCAUGUGUGUCAUAACUGUAUAAGAAAAGUCAUUCAUUUGUGAACUAUAUUACAGGCAAAGCUCGGUAUCUGCAGGUUGUGUGGGUGGGGGGGACAGACCAUGGGUGCUGAAACUGCAGACACAGAGGCAUUGACUCUAUGGGAUGGGAGGGGUCAGGUUCCUGGAAGCUGGAAAAUGGGCAAAGAAGGGGCAAAAACGCAGGGGGGGGUGUUGGUGUGGGAAAAUGUUCCCUACUGUGCUCCGUGGGUGUCCUUCUUUCCAGGAAUAUGCCCCCCCGGGACCAAAUUCCCCAUCUCACCCCCCCCCCGUGAAAAAUGACAAGAAAAUGUUUGUUUUUUUAAAGAAAGAAAGAAAUUAGUCACAGAAUGGCUCCUCCUGACAAAAUGGCUGCUGGAAAUUACCUCUGCGGUCACAUCCAGCCCUCUAGGAACCAUGGAUACAUGGUUCUUAACCCAUUCAUAUUAGUGGAUAGUGAAAUCGGGCGUCAAUUAGACAUCUACAAAUACGCGAAACUGCGGAUAUAGCGUCCACAUAUGAGGUUUGCCUGUAUUUCUAAUCAACAAAAUGGUAUCUGGAAUAUGUUGGCUUAACUGUUUAAUAAAAGCAUUAGAUGUGUGUGUUGUUGGUGAAGAGGCAAUGACAACUCAGCUUUGGGAUAUCGAAGAGAUGGCGUCUAAAGCCCAAUGACACCUUAUGCAAUUAUUGGGUUGGAGGCAAUCUCUUUACAGGUUCUCACCAGGGUCUACCUGUAUUAGUACUUCUGUAAAUAGAUUUGCUCCACUCUGCUCACCAUUUUAGUUUUUUCGUGUCAUGUGCAUGUGUUGCCAGUCAUUCCUGAUGCAUUUGUGUUAGCUUCAACAGAGCCUGGAAAUGCUAUCUGAGUCAAAAGCAGGUGCAUUCAUUGUGUAAUGUUGCAUACAGUGAAGCAAGAGGUGUCUGCUUGCUGAAUACAGUGAAGCGUGAGAUGUUACAGAUUUCUUACUCUCUGUCCUUGGGUGACUCGGGAAGAAUCUGUGCUUGGCAUCCUUGCAUCUGGAGAGCUCCAGGAAUUCCUCAAAGGAAUGGCAUCAUUUGUCUACCAGGCUCGCUGUUCCCGAUCUCUUGCUUCUGGAUGUUGCCAUUUAAGCUGAUAAAUGUGUCUUGAUGCCCUGGAGAGCUUAUAGUGCAUAUAUGCCCCCAUGUGUGAGAUGAAAACUUGUUAUGGUGGCUCCUGUGGUAUCUGGAAUGAUAGUUGUCUUCUUGCCAUCACUUUGAUAUAGUUUUUCAUUAACAGUAAAUGCAUGGUCUGUUUUUGUAACCGAGUUAAUUCCAAAUGGCUUAACUUCAUUCUGAAAUAAAAUUGUGGGAAAUGA